AUGCAUUCUUUGGCUCAAACUCUUCAGAAUGCAGGCAUUAAUAUAGCUCCAGGGCUAUUCAUUGGGAUUGUUGUGGCUGGAGCCAUUCUCCUCUUCGUUGUCGUUAUCGGAGUCACUCUCUAUGUGUGUAGCCGCAAGAAUCGUAGGAUCCAGCAAGGUGCUUUCGACAAGCCCUCCAUACCUGUGCUAUCCCUCGCCCAAUCCCAACCGCCUCUUCCUCAUACGAAACCUUUGCCUUACCAUACCGAUCCUGAAGCUCAGCGGCACGACCUUGUCGGUCGGGAGGUCAUGCAACAAGAGUCGACCUACCAACAACUGAUCCGUGACCUCCAACGACCUCCGUCUCGAACAAACACUCCCGCACUUCCAAAUCAAACUCCUCGAGAUUUUUCUACUCUCAGUCAUCCUCCCAUGAAACAACAUAGACCAAUGCCUCUGUCGCCGCCACCAUUGGUCUACCUGGCUGUCCCACCACCAGUUGCGACUGUACCGAGGUCGGCUGAAUUGAAGAGAGGACAAUCUGUUCGGUCUUUGGAUACGGUCUCUGUCUAUUCGUCUGCUUCUGCUCCUCGAGAUGCUGACGAAAUUGGCCACCAAUCUUUUGCCCCUACCUUACCUCCCGUGCCACAGUCACCUAGUACGCCCAUCACACCAAAAUGGCCCUCCUCGCCUUCACCAUAUGUCUGGCCAAAGCGACAACGCGCUUCCCAAAUUCGCGAUGAGCUGGCCCCAGAGACAUAUGCAAAAGUUCGAUGGAGAACGGACAGCGAAUUGGCUGAUGCCCUGAGGGAUAGUCAUACGCUCCCGUCAAGAGAUAACGGUCUGCGAACCGACGUUGCUCCGGCUAAUGUCGGGCCGGAAAGUAACUCCGUGACCUUGCCGCCCCACUCACCACCUCCAAAUCCGCGACCUCAGCCAUUCUAA